CGUCGGCGCUGCUCUCCAGACCGCUGGAUCCACGAGCCGGCCUGCCCCGCGGACUCACGGAAGGGCAAGGGGGCAGCCCCGGGGCGGCGGGACGGUCGUCGGAAGGCGCCCUCCACGCCAAAGCCACCUCCGAAAACCUCAAACAUGGCCCGGGGCGGCGGUCCGAACUGGAGUUCGGGGGAAUCGGACGGGCGGCCGGAAGAGCAAGAACCCGAGGAGGAUGACAGAGCCAAGAUGGUGAAGGAGACCGAGUACUAUGACAUCCUAGGGGUGAAGCCCAGCGCCUCCCCGGAGGAGAUCAAGAAGGCCUAUCGGAAGCUGGCGCUCAAGUUCCACCCGGACAAAAACCCGGAUGAGGGCGAGAAGUUUAAACUCAUAUCCCAGGCAUAUGAAGUGCUUUCAGAUCCAAAGAAAAGGGACAUUUAUGACCAGGGCGGGGAGCAGGCAAUUAAAGAAGGCGGCUUGGGGGGUACCAGCUUCUCUUCACCCAUGGACAUCUUCGACAUGUUCUUUGGUGGUGGAGGACGGAUGGCUAGAGAGAGAAGAGGCAAGAAUGUUGUACAUCAGCUGUCUGUAACUCUUGAAGACUUAUAUAAUGGAGUCACAAAGAAACUGGCCCUUCAGAAAAAUGUAAUUUGUGAGAAAUGUGAAGGUGUUGGUGGGAAGAAGGGGUCUGUUGAGAAGUGCCCCCUGUGCAAGGGCCGGGGGAUGCAGAUUCACAUCCAGCAGAUCGGGCCGGGCAUGGUGCAGCAGAUCCAGACGGUGUGCAUCGAGUGCAAGGGCCAGGGUGAGCGCAUCAACCCCAAGGACCGCUGUGAGAGUUGCAGUGGUGCCAAGGUGAUCCGAGAGAAGAAGAUUAUUGAGGUGCAUGUUGAGAAAGGUAUGAAAGAUGGGCAAAAGAUACUAUUUCAUGGAGAAGGAGAUCAGGAGCCUGAGCUGGAGCCUGGUGAUGUCAUAAUUGUGCUUGAUCAGAAGGAUCAUAGUGUCUUUCAGAGACGAGGCCAUGACUUGAUCAUGAAAAUGAAAAUUCAGCUUUCUGAAGCCCUUUGUGGCUUCAAGAAGACGAUAAAAACACUGGAUGAUCGAACCCUUGUAAUUACAUCCAAAUCAGGUGAAGUGAUAAAGCACGGGGACCUGAAAUGUGUGCGCAACGAAGGGAUGCCCAUCUACAAAGCCCCCCUGGAAAAAGGAACCCUGAUUAUACAAUUUUUAGUACUCUUUCCUGAAAAACACUGGCUUUCUCAAGAAAAGCUUCCUCAGCUAGAAGCUUUGCUCCCUCCUCGACAGAAGGUGAGGAUCUCGGAUGACAUGGACCAGGUGGAGCUGAAGGAAUUUAGUCCCAGUGAGCAGAACUGGCGCCAGCACAGGGAGGCCUACGAGGAGGAUGACGACGGGCCCCGGGCCGGAGUGCAGUGCCAGACAGCAUGACGGGUGCGGUGCAGCGUGGCCUGUCCGGACUAGCACAUGAUGAAUGUAAAGUUGGCACAAUGAAAAUGGCAUCACUUUAAUGGCCUCGUGUUUGGGGUGUCCUGUGUAUGUGUUCAGCAUUCUCCAUUGCUGAGUGUCUUUUUGGUUUUUCUUUCUUUUUUUUUGGUUGUAAUUUAAGUUAUAGCUUAAUUUAUAUUUAAAUGUUUUAAGUGUAAAUCACUUCUAGUCUGCAUAUGGUAUCUGUUCAUUUACAUUUUCAGAAUAUGCUUUCAAGAUGCCAGUGACUGCACCAACACUUUGUGUUUCUAGUGGCUUUGUCAUCCCUCAGUAAACUCCACCAGGAAAGCACAGCUCAGAUAGCAGCACUUUCCCCACACAGUGGGCAUCCUGAUCCAUCUCUAGGUCUGUGGUUUCCCCUCCCUCUCUCCCAUUGCAGAGUUCCAGAGGGCUCAGUCUCAGGGCUGCCCACAUGACGUUUGACUCUAAAGUCUAGGUGAUCCUCCUAAAGAAUAAAAGCACAUCUGUGGAUUGGACCUGGCCCCAUGUGCCUCUCUUUAGUCCCCUGGUUCACAGAGUGGGCUGCAGUCCCAGAGUUGCAGGGCCAACUUAGUGCUUACUGUUCUGUGCCCGUAAGUGGUUGGAAUGGGGUAUGAAUGUGUUUGACCAUUUCUCUUGGAAGCUUUCUGAACCUUCCAAGCCUUGUGGUGAGGACAAAUUGGUGUUUUAAAUGACAUGCCUAUGUAACUGUUUGCCUGUGACCUCGUACCUUGUUCUUUGUAGUUUUAAAGCAUUUCUGUUGACAACCUUUGCAAUGCUCUCCCACCAAAGUGCUUACUUGUAAAGAAAAACUAAACCUUUCCAUGUCCCCAUAGCCUCAGUACAGCAACAGAAGCCAUGGAAGAAGCUGCUGGUUUGGCCAUAUAGCACAGACAGCUUCCCAUGUGACCAGUGAUCCUGGAUGACUUGAGGGUCUGGAAAGGUAUAGAACUUGGUGUUUUCCACCUCAUUCUCCCAGCUCCAACUCCCUCCCAAAGGCUUGUGCCUCUCCUUGUUGCACAGCCAUACUUAUGAAGGGCUUCCUGCUCACGGAAUAUUGUUUUGGUCAGAACUGCACUGACCAGGCUCUACCAUGGACUAGUUUGUUAGAUUCACUGUAAAUUAUAGCUUGUUUGGAGGGAUACUAGUCAUUGUUGUACCUCUGGCAGGUGAACUGCAAUUUGAACCUAGGAUUACCUCAACCUUUAGCCAUCCUGUUCAUUUCUUUCACACAAUAGUCUUGAAAUAAGACUGCUACCGUGUAAGCUACUGGGUUAAAGCUGAGGCUACUUGUCAGAUCCCCCCUUAUUUGGCUAUACAGUACUCCUGAGAGUUUGACCCAGACCAGGGACCCCAGUAGGAGGGUCAAAGGGCAGCUCAGAUCCAUGGCAGGUAGGGUGAACCAGCAGGGUGGGCUGAGUUCCAGGAGAAUAUUGCAGGGUAGUGGGCCCAGCUCUUUAGAUGGGCUUAAUUUGUUUAAAAUAUGUAUAGAAAGAGCCCCACCUGUGCCCACUUUUGACCAUUGGUCAGGAAGGAUGGACAUAAAACCGAAUCUUCCAGUUAAGCCUAUGUGAAAAUCAGUUUACAAAUGGACCACAACUCCAGGGUAUUCUGUUUCUGUUCUGUGCUGUGACUUCCUAAUAAAUUAUGCUAGAGAACUACUAUUUAGAUGGUGAUGGAACAAAAUUACAUUCAGCUCUUUCCUUAUGUAAAUGGAAUUUGGAGGGUGUUGCUUAAAAUUUUAUUCCACCUGUACAUUUGUCACUUUAAAAAUAAAAUGACCUGGUAUGAAACAA